AUGAUAGAAGAAUUUAAUGCGAUACAAAGAGCGGCAACACACAGGGGCCUAAACAUUAACGAAAUAAAAACCAAAUACAUGAAGGCCAGUAAAUCGACAGGCCAAAGAAACCUACAGAGUCUGACAAUAGGAAACUAUAACAUCGAAAGCGUGAAAAGUUUUACAUAUCUAGGUUCACUAGUUACCGCAGAUAACAAUAUCAGUAAAGAAAUUAAGAGAACAACACAUAUCGCUAAUAAAACAUAUAAUGGACUAAUUAAACAUCUCAGAUUUAAUAACAUCACAAGAAAAACCAAAUGCAAAAUAUACAAGAGCCUGAAAAAACCGGUCCUUGUAUAUGGAUCAGAGACAUGAAUACUAUUGGGUACAUUUCAACGAAAAAUUCUUAGACACAU